AUGCCUGAGACACUUACACCUCAGAUUGAAGGAGUGAGUGAGGAAGCUUUGAAAGAGCGUAUCCACCUCAGAAGGGUGAAAGAUUCUGUGAGCCUGUUUGAUCAGCUCAUACAAGCAGGUACCCCUGUAUCUCUGGAGACCACAAACAGCCUUUUAGAUUUGUUAUGCUUCUAUGGAGAUGGUGAAUCUACUCCAGAAGAAGAAAAAGAGGAUUUGGAAGAACCAGGGCACGGGGCUUCUACUAAAGCUUAUGACAUGUACAUAGACUUGCUGAAUGAAAGACACAAGGCUGAUGUGCACACCUUCAACGCGCUGAUUACAGCAGUCCCAUAUCUAAAGGAGAGGUUCUUAGAGAGAUGGGAAUUAGCCAAGGUCUUCCUGAAUCAUAUGGCUCAACAGAAAGUGCAACCAAAUCUGCUAACUUUUAAUGCUUUACUGAAGACUCUGAGAAGAUGUGGUGGUGUAGGCAGAAGUUUGUCUUUACUGGUAAUAAAGGAAAUGGAAGCACUUGAUAUAGUUGAUCUUCUCCCAUCAGGCAUAAUCUCUGAGGUGCUAGAUGAUGUUGAAAAGAGGAGUUUCACUCCCCAGGACCCUGAUGACGCCAACUUUUUUGCCACCGCUAUGCAAGUGUGCUGUGAUCUUAAGGAUAUCAGGCUUGCCUAUCGGUUAAAUAAGGCAAUGGAGAAGGGAGACAACUGGAAAUUCUUGGACAUGGUUCGGUUAAAUGCCUACUGGUCAAAAUUCUUUUCAUUGUUGUGUAUGAUGGAACAAAUUGAUGUUGUCUUGAAAUGGUACAAAGAAAUGUCCCCUUCGCUCUUCUAUCCAACUCCUAAAAAUAUAUUGGACCUCCUUCAAGCACUGGAUGCAGCCAACCACUUGGAAGCGAUCCCUUCAGUCUGGGAAGAUAUGAAACAGCUGGGGUUUAAUAGGAAACAAGACCUGUUGGAAGAGCUCUUGUCUUUGAUGAGCAGGGACCAGCACCCUGAUGAGAUUCAACUGGCGUUUGCCAAGUGUGCUGAAGACAUCAAAGCUGCCCAUGAGCAAACCGGGAGGGAGCAAGCCCCGUUAGAAUGGACGGGCCAUGCGCUGGGCCAUGUUGCUGUGUUGUUUUCCAGGGCUGGGAGAACCCAGGACGCUUGUGACCAGGUGAUGGAUGAGUUCUUGAACUGUGCUAAACAAACCAAUUGCCCAGAUGAGGCAAUUAAGCUGGUAAAGCUGGCGGUGUCCCUCGGUCUUCCUUCAUCUCAAAGGCUUAAAAGCAGAAUGGAGAAGGAAUUUGAACUCUCUGAAAAGCAGAAGAAGACAUUGGAGAGUAUCAAGUCAGACAGCAACAGCAGCGAUAGUGACAGUGACAGCGACAGCGACCGGGACUAG